AUGAAAUUAUUUACGGGACUAUUUGUUAUUGCUUUAGUAUUCGUCCUCGCCAAAGGAAGACGAGGUGACCGAGGACUUGGUAGGCGAGGAGGACCAAGAGGGCCACCUAGUGAUGACUCAUGGGGUCCCCCCCGUUAUCCCUCAUGGGGUCCACCCCGUUAUCACCCACGGGGUCCGCCCCGUUAUCCCUCAUGGGGUCCACCCCAUUAUCAGCCAUGGGGUCCCCCCCGUUAUGCCCCAUGGGGUCCCCCUCGUCAUGGUCCUGGUUGUGGUCCUAGUGGUCCUUCAAGUGCUUCCCCAAAUGCAUCUUCAACUGCGUAUCCACCCGCAUCUAACGCAUCUUCAACUGCGUCUCCACCCGUACCUAACGCAUCUUCAACUGCGUCUCCACCCGCACUUAACGCAUCUUCAACUGCGUCUCCACCCGCACCUAACGACACUUUCUCAUCUACAACUGUGGCGCCAUAA